CUUGUGUAUACAUAAAAUAAAUCAAAUCAAUUAUCAAUAAGUGAUCGACCACCUACAAGCAUGGAGCCAAAGGUCUAAAGUAAAUAAAGAAAAAAAAAUAAAGGCCAUAGGUUUAAAGUAAAGACAUGGAAGUCUAACACCGCAGAAAAAUUAGGAAAAACUCUUUCUACAGUGGACGGUGGCAGUGGGCAGAUGAGCAAAUUCAACUAACAAAGAACAAUCUAAGUAUACAAAAAGUUCACCAUCCUUCAUCUGCCUGCCUCCUUUUAUGAUAGACUCAAUCUUAAGAUCAAUUCAAUCAUCUUAAUUAGCUGCUUUCUCAAUUCAAUCAUCAUUGUACCAUUUUUGCCUGCUAAUUUCCAAGCCUUCUUUAGAGAUACCCUUUUCAUGUUUUUGUCAGUUUAUUAUUUCCAUGGCUAAAGCUAAGAGAGUUUUUACACUUCUGCUAAGGCUCAUUGCAUUUGGUACUGCACUAGUUGCAGCAAUUGUUAUGGCUACUAGUCAUGAGUCAGGUUCUUUCUUUACUGUGUCAUAUGAAGCUAAGUACUCUGAUACACCAGCUUUCAAGUACUUUGUGAUUGUAAAUGCAAUUGUAACUGUCUAUAGUUUUCUUGCUCUGUUUCUUCCUUCCGAGAGUCUGCUAUGGCGAUUGGUUAUCGUAACAGACGUGGUAUUCACAAUGUUGGUGACUUCAAGCAUUUCAGCAGCAGUGGCAGUUGCUCAAGUAGGGAAGAAAGGGAAUUCUCAUGCAGGCUGGUUACCCAUCUGUGGCCAGGUCCCAAAAUUUUGUGACCAAGUGACAGGAGCAUUAGCUGCUGCCUUCAUUUCACUCAUUACUUAUGCAAUUCUCCUUCUAUAUUCUAUUCACACUGUCCUCAACCCUCUUCUUCUUCAAAAAACUUAGAUAGAUUCUCCUGUGGAUUUUGAUUUUCUUUCUCUUCCUUUUGAGUGGAGAAUACUCCUGAAAGUUGUGAUUUUGAACAUUCUGGCUAAUAAUUAUAUA